AUGGCUGACUCCUUAGCUUCAUCUGUCAGCUCGCUCCGUUCAUCACUACAAUUGCUGGACAGCUCAAUCGAUAUUCUAGACUCCGGAGUCAAUGACUUCCCACGGCUAUCAAAAGUUCUACAAACAACCAGGCAUUUCGAGCUUCUUCCCGAACCACAACUGCAAGAAGCGCAGCAAUCUCUUCUAGACGAAAUCACUCCCAGCAUCGCCCACCUCCUCUCCGUCGCAUCCAACCAUGUCGAGCGUCUUGCACGUCGCGAGGAAUCACUAAGAGCAAAAUGCCAGCUCCAAGAGGGACGACUAUCAGACGAGCGUCGACUACCUUCACCAUCAUCCUCUCUAUCCGGAAAAGCGAACCGUCCUGCGCGGCCAUCAUCAGACGCAGGCGCGAAAGCAGUACAAUUAAGAAGAUUGGUGCAGAAAAAGGAGCGAUUGAAGUAUGCCGUUGAUAGGCUUGAGUUGCAGAGUCGACAGAAGGAGAGACAGUUGAGGAAGAGUAUGGCUGCUCAGUGA